AUGAACUCUCCGAUAGCUCCCAUCCUCCUCGAGCCUCACCUCGGCGAACUUCCUGGAAGUUCGCGAAGGAUUUCUCGCAACGAUGCAGCUACCGGAGCAUCUGCCGCCGGCGUUCGCGCUCUCAGUGCACAGAUGGUGGCCUUUUACUUCAGAGCACCGAUCAAAGCUUUCUUUCGUAUGCGUGUUGAGGUUGGUGCCGUUCUUUACACGUCCUAUCUCCAAGUUUUGGGGGCCCUACAUGAACCUGUGUCCCAAGGGGUGAAGCGAGUAUGGCCCCCGGCUCCUCCAUCUGCAACAUUCGCUGCUGGAUUCAUAGCCGGCACAAUUCAGUCGAUUGUAGCCGCCCCUCUGGAUGCCUUACAGGUUCGCUUUCAAACCAAUGACAUGCUGGAGGGUCAGUACCGGAGUAUGUGGCAUUAUGGCCACCAUAAGCUCAAACAGAUUGGUCUCCGUGGGGUCUUUGCGGGUUGGAGCCUAUCAUUCAUGCGGGAUUCACUCGGCUAUGCUGUGUUCUUCUCCACGUUCGAAUACAUCAAGUCACAGUCCUACUAUUCAUUCGUCACUUGGUACUAUGGCUCCCUGCAAGUCGAUCAUGUGGGCAUGCUUUCAUCGUCCAGGUCUAGUGAUCGUGGUGUGCCACUCAUCAAGCCCCACUAUGCAUUGGAGCCAUGUUUCCUGCUGAUGGCCGGUGUUGUGGCAUCGGUCGCUCAGCAAACCAUUCAGCAUCCUAUAAAACGUCUUAUCGAUAUCAUUAAUUCCAUCCGACUCCGCAUUCUUUUCUCCGGGACAAAGGGCUGCGAGGUUCAGCCCGUCAAUAUCGCCAUCAUUUCUCCGACUUCUCCCUCACGCGCCUCUAACAUACCCCUCCAGUCCAUACCCUCUGAUUCUCGCUCGAUCCAUUCGGCCAAAUUAUUGGAGUCUAACGAGAAGGGUAAUCGACGGUCUUCCCAUUCCUCUGCUCGCUCGGUCGGGUCUGACGUCUCCAUCUGGUCAGAUACCGGUGACCUCGCCGAGCAGUUCGCUGAGGCUGAAGAUCCGCUACAGAUUCACCUUCUCAAUUCCUCAGACCGCCAGCUCUUGCGUCGAAAAGAGCGAAGGGAGCAGCCCAAACACGUCCGCUACCCUUCAAACUUGAACAACGAGCGUUCUGGCGUCGAUAUUGAAAAGAUCAAAAUACCAGCCCCUCCCCCGCGACAUAUUUCGAGAGUUGAACGCGUGCUGGCCGCCAUAAUGACACCCAGAGAUGGACCAAACACCCAGAUGCACGGCUUAGUCGGAAAACCAUUACUUUACUUCACGAGUGUGUUUGUAUCACUGGGUGUCUUUCUUUUUGGCUAUGACCAGGGUGUAAUGUCUGGGAUCAUAACUGGCUGGUACUUCAAAGAUUACUUCAACCAGCCUUCUCGGGCUACAAUUGGCACUGUGGUUGCAGUUCUCGAAAUUGGUGCAUUCAUAUCCUCGCUCCUUGUGGGUCGUAUCGGUGAUGUGAUCGGCCGUCGAAGGACUAUACUCUAUGGCUCCAUUGUGUUCUUUAUUGGCGGCGCUUUUCAAACAUUUUCCACGGGUAUACCCAUGAUGAUGGUCGGUCGUGUGAUUGCCGGUCUAGGCGUUGGUGCCCUCUCUACUAUCGUGCCAGUUUACCAGUCUGAAAUAUCGCCUCCCCACAACCGUGGGAAGCUCGCAUGCAUCGAAUUCACCGGCAAUAUUGCUGGGUAUGCGACUAGUGUGUGGGUAGACUAUUUCUGUAGCUUCAUCGAUAACGACUACUCCUGGCGCCUGCCACUUCUUUUCCAGUGUAUCAUGGGUGCCUUACUUGGAGUUGGCAGUCUGAUGAUCUGUGAAUCACCUAGGUGGCUUCUUGAUAAUGACCACGACGAGGAGGGUAUGGUGGUGAUCGCAAAUCUUUAUGGCGAAGGCGAUCUCCUCAAUGACAAGGCCCGUCAAGAAUAUCGUGAGAUCAAGAUGAACGUCCUUGUCCAGCGACAAGAGGGCGAGCGAUCCUACUCGGACAUGUUCCGCCGGUAUCGCAAACGUGUUUUGAUUGCUAUGUCGGCCCAAGCCCUAGCUCAACUCAACGGGAUCAACGUAAUCUCAUACUAUGCGCCUCUAGUGUUUGAAUCGGCCGGUUGGGCUGGACGGGAUGCCAUCCUGAUGACUGGAAUCAAUGGUAUUUCAUACUUGCUGUCUACCAUACCACCCUGGUAUCUCGUGGAUGGCUGGGGCCGGCGACCGAUUUUACUCACGGGUGCCGUUGCCAUGCUCAUUUCGCUUUCUCUUAUCUCCUACUUUAUUUACAUUGAGAUUCCCGCCACCCCAACUCUGACGGUGAUCUUCGUUAUGCUCUAUAAUGCAGCUUUCGGGGCAUCCUGGGGCCCCAUUCCAUGGUUAUACCCCCCAGAGAUUUUGCCUUUGAGUAUUCGUGCCAAGGGUGCAAGUUUGAGCACCGCUUCAAAUUGGGCAUUCAAUUGGCUCGUGGGCGAGGUAACACCUGUUCUUCAAGAAGUUAUCAAGUGGCGGCUAUACUUGGUCCAUGCAUUCUUUUGUGCAUGCAGUUUUGUGCUUGUUUAUUUUUUGUACCCCGAAACGAGUGGGGUUCGCCUCGAAGAUAUGAACGUUCUUUUUGGCGAUGCUUCCACUGCCAUGCCGACACCCGCCACCCAAGGCGAACGGGGGUCGCUGAUGGGUGCUGGUUCACCCGUCCCAUCGCUCGACCUGCGUCGGCAGUAUGGUCAAUUUGGGGCAGAUAAUUCCAUCCCUGGUCUAGAUAUUGAUCCGCCGACUUCAAGCCAUGAGGGAGCCAGCAAACGCGGACGCUCAAAUUCUCACCAGGGCAGUGUCCGCGGCGAAGGAAUUGGUGGCUGGAUCUCAGACAUGGUCAGUCGAAAACGAGGAGCGGGCGCCGGUGCUACCAGCAGUCAAUAUAGACGUUUGGAGCAAGGAGAAGGCGAAUGA